AUGGACUCCACGCUGAAAGUCGGUGAUUCGCCCGCCAAAAACCACAUUUCUCAGCCAAGCACUUCUGAACACGUGUCGAAUCAACCUGUGUCAGAUAACAUCCAGAGCGCGAGCGAAGAGCAAGAUGUAAAAGUCGUGUCUACUGAGAGUGAAGUCAUCCCGGUAAUAAAUACUGAAUGUACGGAGGAAGGUCAUUUUACUCAAAUACCAAGUUCAACUGAUAAUGAAGGAUUACUUGCUGAAAUUAGCGAACAUCAUUUUGAGUCAACAAGCGAGAGCGAAGUUCCUGAAACGGUAAAAGAAUUACGCUUAGAUGAUGAAAAGGUUUUGGGAAAAGAAAGCCCUGAAACUUGUGAUAAUCAAUUAGCUAGCGAAGAAAUCAAAUUGCAACCUAAUGACUGUAAAAUCACAACCUGUAAUGAGGAGACUGUUUCAAAGACAGAAGAACACGAAGAAAUGGCAACGAUUUCUCAGAAACAAACACGGCUGAAGGAGAGUAGAGCCCAGUGCUGCCAAGCGGAUAAAGCAAGUACUGGCGAAGUGAGAAUCUUAAAAGAGAAGCUUGCUAUAAGUAAAAAAGACACGGACACCAUGCAGAAGUUAUUGGAAGACGUGCGAAAGGACUAUGAAGAGUUGCAGAAAAAUUUUGAGAAGCGCGAGAGCGACGAAAAGAAUAAAGCACUAGCUAAUGAAUUAAUGAAGGAAAACGACGAAACCAAGAAGGAAAGAGUUCAGGUUAAACGUGGGAAAAAGUUAAAAACAAGUAGCAAAGUUUCAGCCUCGGACGAGAAAAGUGAAUCAGGGUCAUCCGAGAAGAAAAAGACUGAUGUUACUGGGAUCGAAAAGGAAUCUUUAACUACCAGUAAAGUUUUCUACGCCAGUGAAGUAGCAUGUCCUUGUUUCGUGCAAAGUAUUCGUAAAAUCGUUACGGAUGUCAGAGAAGAUUUCAAAGACACGAUUUCAGUCUUUCAACAAAGUUCUGCGGAACACUGUGCGAGUAUUGGCAAGGAACUAGCCAAGCUGAAGGACGAAUGCAGGCACGCUUUGGAGAAAAAGGAUUCUGAAAUUAUUGUAUUUCAGGAGGUUAUUAAAAGUUUGCAGUCAAGAAUGGCUGAUGCUGAAAGAGAAGCUGUUGCAUAUAGGGCGGUUAUUUCUUCAUCUUUAGAGGAAACGCAGAAGUUAUACGAUGAUAUUCGUGGGUUGAAAGAUCAACUCUUGAGAACAAGACAAGAAAAUGAAACAAACCAAGCGGAAUUAGAAAAAAUAAAGCAUGGUUUUAAAAGAUACUGUACUGCUGAGGAAUAUGAAGAGCUACAGCGUUCAAAUUUUAAAUUUAGGGGGGGUGACUGUAGCGUGGAUGGCGGUCAAGUAAAUGAAAUUGACGAUCAUGUCAGCGAGGUUAGAAAUGAAGAAGCCAAAUUUCAUCCAGUUUUAAAAAAAGCCAAAAAGGAAAUAGCAAAGCUAAAAGAAGAGAAACGCGACGCAGAAAACCGUUUGCUGGAAAAGCUUUCGGAAGGGGAAAAAUUAGAGAGUAACUUGAACAAACAGCUGAGUGCGGCUUUAGUUGAUAUGAGACGGAAAGAGCGCGUGGUGAAUGAAUUAAAAGAAGAAUUGAUGGCGUUAAAGGUUGAAAAUACCAAGCUUAACGUGAACGUUGAUGGGCUGGAGAAAGAGAAGGAAAAUAUGCUCAAAAAGCACAGCCAAGAGUUAGAAGCGGUUAAGAACAAGUUGAAGAAAUCCAAUGAAAGUCUGCAGUUUCACAAAGUGAAAAACGAACAAAUGCGGGAGGACUAUGACGCUUUAAAUGACAGUUACCUCGGACUCAAAAAUUAUUUGGAAGAAGAGAAAGCGAAAAUGCUUGUAGGAAUGACAGGAGGUGGUGAAAAUUUAUCUGAUGACGAGGACUCAAUGGGACAGCUACUGAAGGAUGAAUCUCAGCUACAAAGACAGCUAAAACUUGAGAAGGGGAAAAAUGAAUCGUGCCUCAAAGAGAUUGAAAAUCUUGAAAAAGAACUUAAUCAAUGGAAGAAAAUGGUUCGGGAUGACAUGGACACAGGGAUGGGAUUCCUUCGGAUCGAAAAUGAAGAAUUAAAAGACGAAAUAGAAGAGAACCAGAUCCUCAUGAAACAGCUUGUAGCAAAGAAGAAGUUGCACAUUAGAAUCAUUAAAAAGUUGCGGGUGGAAAACGCUUUACUGAAGAGGUCAUGUGACACAGGAACAGAUGAAUACGAAGAUAUUUCAUUUGAUUCUUGCGAAGAAAUAGAAAGCGAAGAGCCUGGGUCCGACAGAACUUCAACUCAAGAGAAUCGAGUGACAUUUGACAAGAGUGGAAAAAAAGAAAAGCCUGAAUGCUCUGAAAAUGAUGAAGACUCGUUGUUUAAUGAGAUCAAACAUGGUGUUCAUUUCUCAGAUGACAACACUGAUUUCCACAACGACUGGAGCCUUGAGAUUCUCGAAUAUGACCCAAGUAUCAGCGAAAAGUUAUACCUUAAUGAUCCAUUCGAAGAUAUGUUGUUUUCUAACCACCAGCUUGAUCUGUCUCCAAGAAUACCACUUGUAUAUGACGGGAGAUUUCUACAGAAGAUGGCGCACAAUUAA